AUGUCGGCCGACGAGGACGACAACGACGCGGGCGAGGAUUGCCCGCUCUGCUGCAACCCGUUCGACGCGACGGACAAACAUUUUCGUCCGUGCAAAUGCGGGUACCAGAUCUGCGCCUGGUGCUGGCACCAGCUGAUGGAGCUGGCGGCGAAGGACGACAAGGUGGCGCAGUGUCCCGCGUGCAGGCAGGACUACGACGAGUCCUCCAUCACGGGCGCCUCGUCGGGUAUCACGAUCCCCGCGCCGAACGCGGCGGCGAUCGCGGCGGGUAAGGCGGCGGGCGCGGACGGGGGCUCCCGCAAGCACCUGUUCAACGUGCGGGUGAUCCAGAGGAACCUGGUGUACGUCGUGGGGCUCAACGUCCAGUACUGCAGGGAGGACGUGCUUCGACGCGGGGAUUUGUUCGGCAGGUUCGGACGCAUCGUCAAGCUCCAGGUAUCGCUGCCCAAGCCGGGAGACUUUCAGAGGCAGGGCAGCGCGUACGUCACCUACCACCGCGGGGAGGAUGCCGCGAGGUGCAUCAAAGGGGUGGAUGGCACCACGCUGGACGGCAAGGUGCUCCGAGCGUGCUUCGGGACCACCAAGUACUGCAACGCGUUCCUCAGGUACCAGCAGUGCUCCAACCCGGACUGUUUGUACCUGCACGACAUGGGCAGCGACAACGACUCCUUCACGAAAGAAGAGAUGCUCGCC